UUUACAAUUAAAAGAUUACUACUUGGUUAGGCGCGUUUCCGAGAAACUUCAGGCGUCAUCUCGUUUUAUUUUAGAUAAUUAAACCUCAAGAGAAUUGCGAAACCCCCAAAUUGGAUACUCCAAGACAGUCACAGACAGCGCCGGAAUCCUGUAAGAUAGUUGUGUGGGCAUUGAUCUUUUAUGCUUGGAAUGGAUAUAUUUGAGUUUUUGUUAGAGACUGCUCCCAAAUUGUGCAAUUUCAUCAUGGAAUUCAAUAAGGUGGAACAAAAGUGCAACAAGCUUGAGAUGAAACUGUAUGAUCUGGAAGAGGAGGUGGUGGAUAUGAAUCUGCAAUUGAGGGCUGUGGAUACAAAUCCAUACAAGAGACAGAAGGACUAUGUGGUAACUUUCUUUGAGCUCAAGAAAAGGUUCCAAGAUAAGGCUGGUGAGACUUUGAAAAAUUGUGAGAAAGGGCGCAAAUGGAAUCUUUUUUCGAUGCUGUUAACAUUGCGCCAACUAGAUUACCUUCUGAUGUGUAGCGAGGAUUUACUGAGCAAAGCUGACCAGCUGAAGGAGGAAGGCCUGACUUACGACAUGUUCACACGAGGUAUCAGGUUGUACGCCAAUCAGCUCAUUGGCAACACUGCCAAUCAGCUUCGAACAAAUCUCCUUGAAUCUCUUAAGAAGGACCGCGUCAUUGGCAUACAUGGGAACCACGGAUCUGGAAAGACCAACUUCAUGAAAACCUUGCACAAUGUUCUGUAUGAUGACACUGAGAACUUUAAGGCUGUCCUUUGGGUAAGUAUGCCAGAAAAACUACCACUUGAUGUCAGAGGUAUACAAGAGUACGUUGCCAAGGCUUUGCAUUUUAACCUUGAUGAUGAGGACACAGUAAGAAGAAGUAGUCUACUUGCUAAAAAGUUCAUGGACAUGGCACCUGGGCAUGUAGUUGUGUUCCUUGAUAAUGUGAAGGAGCCAUUUCAGCCUUGUGAGGUAGGGAUACCUAUAAGUGGUUUUGGUUCUGAAAAUUUCAAUUGUACUGUUGUAUUUACAGCUACUUCCGAGGAUAUUUGCAACAAGAUGAGCUGUUCCAACUUCACAUUGGACCUGCUCCCGGAGGAUGAAGCCCGAGAGCUGUUAUUACACGAAGCUGACUUGAAAAAUUAUUAUAUCCAAAGCUGUGAUGAGAGGAUGACUGGGGCGGUUGAUGAUGUUGCUAAAGAGUGCUCUCGAAUGCCACUCGUCAUCACACAAAUUGGUCGGUCUUUGAUAGGAAAGGAAGAAAUUUUUGAAUGGAACACUCGACGCAAUGAGCUUAUGGGAAUCCUUUCAGACCCAUAUGACAAUGAGGCCAAGAUACUGGAUAAGCUAAAAUUCUGCUUUGAUUGUAUCAAGGACCGUACAGUUUGGGCUUGCUUCUUGGACUCAACAAAAAUAUUGUUUGAGAAAGUUCCAGUGACUAGACAAGACCUUGUUGAGCACUGGAUUCAAGGGAAAAAAAUUGGUCAGAAGCGUCGUAGGGGUGCCAGCCGUGCUGCCAUUUACGAUCAGGGUCAUACAAUUAUCAAUGAACUCAAGAGACUAUACUUGCUGGAAAUUGUAGAACGAGAUGGAACAGAAUAUGUGAUGAUGAACAAGUGGGUCGGAAGAUUGGCUGCAAAAAUAUCACUAGAGGGAGAAGAUGCGCCUCGUUGAUACCUUACAUGCUUCUUUUUGAGAGAUCUUUAGUGUAAGCACACUCUACAUACUUCCAUGAUCUUCUAAGUAACUGUGAUAGCCUGCAGAUGCCAGCUUUGAUUUUAAACCAAGAAAACAUUUUAAUGGAUUGGUAUACAGAAUACGAAAGAUUGAAUAAAAUAAACAAAAAAAUUUUCAAAAUAAACUUCGGAAAAUUUUAAUUCCCAAAAUAAGCGUGUUCGUGUUUGAGCCUAAGGUUAGGUUUGUUUGCUGAUUCUAACAGCGGACAAGAGAAAAAAAUAUUUAUUACGACUCUGUUUGUUGUUACUAACUGGCAACAACGAACAAAAGAGAGUUUGAAGGGACAAAAAAAAAACAACAAAUAGUUUGUUUGCACAAUGACUAAGCAUUGUUUUUUCUGUCUUUUCAAACGGUAUGAUAUUAUCUCUAUUUUGUUCGCUGUUAUUAACAGCGAACAAAGUCAUAAUACAUUUUUUUCCUCUUAUUCGUUAUUAGUAAACCUGACAUUAGGCUUGGAUACGUUGACGUUUAUUUUGAGAAUUACAAUUUCCAUGACGCUGCUUUUUGAGAAUCUCUUAAAAAAAAAAAAAUUUCUACAGAAUACUUCAUAAAAGUUCACUUUGAGAUAGAAAAGUAAUACCAUAGACGCAGUCACUGGACUUGCAAAAUUACAUGCAACUCAUUGUCAUAUUGACAUUUUGUAUGUCAACUGAAUCGGCCGUGCUUGUUGUGGAUUGCUCUACACGAACUUCUUUGUCAUAUACUCAUAUGUUGAAUAGUCUCUGUAAUUAGGCGAGUCUUUUGACAUUUUAAGAGAUAUAAUUUGUACAACUUACUGAGAUUAGCAUUUAUAUUGUUGUAAUACUAUAUUUUUCCUCACUUUGUUAUAUACUUGUAUGUAUUUUACUGUGACCAUUGACUUCAUGGGUGUGUGGCUUUUGCCUUUAAUAGGCAUUGUAUGAGUGGUCUACAGUAUUUAGUAAAGCAUAAUGUCCACUAUCUUUGUUUUAUC